UAUAAAAUUGAAAGCAUACAUUAUAUUUAUACUUUUUUUCUCAAUGUAAUUGGUUCAAACACGUGUUGUAAUAAAUGUCUUUUUAUCGGAUCUUUGUUACCAAAAUAAGUCACUUGCCUUGUUGCUAAAAAGUGUAACAAAAAAAUGCCGAGUCGAUUGAUCAUCUUUCUCUGUUUCUCCUCUCUUCUCUUCCUCACUCCAUCACACGCCAAAACUCCAGCAUCCUCUGACGACAACGAUGAAUUCCUAAGCUUCCUCGAGGACUACGAGGAUUCAAACGAACCAGACACCCCGAAUCAUGAUGAUCCUCCCGAGGUUUCUUCGCCGCCAUUUGAUCGCGCACAAGAGGCAGAGGAUAUCAAUAUUGAUGAUGAGGACGUUGUAGCAUUGACUGAUAGUAACAUCAAUGAUUUUUUGGAGGAUAAUAAGUAUGUGAUGGUGGAAUUCUACACUCCCUGGAACGGAUAUUGUAAGGCUCUGGCUCCGGAAUACGCGGAUGCUGCAACAGAGCUGAAAACAGAGAAUGUAGUGCUGGCGAAGAUCAAUGCUGCUAAGGAGGUUGAGGCGGCUGAUAGCUACGAUGUCCGAAGCUUUCCUACGAUUUUUUUCUUCGUUAAUAGUGAUCCGGAACUUUACAAAGGCCGAAGAACCAAAAAUGCGAUUGUCUCUUGGAUAAAGAAGAAGAUAGGAUCCGGCGUUUACAAUAUAACAACAACUGAGGAUGCAGAGCGUGUACUAACCUCCGAGGACAAAGUUGUUCUAGCAUAUCUCGACUCCUUGGUGGGUUCCGUGACUAAACAACUUGCAGCUGUUUCAAAACUAGAAAAUGAUGUUAACUUUUACCAGACGACAGAUCCUAACGUGGCUAAGCUAUUCAACAUAGAAGAAAAUGCUAAACGCCCUGCUUUGGUCAUGCUUAAAAAGGAGCCAGAGAAAGUGGUGCAUUAUGAUGGUAAAUUCAAAAAAUCUUCAAUAGCUAACUUUGUUUCUGCCAGCAAGCUGCCUUUAGUGACAACUUUUACUAAAGAAACCGCCCCUUUAAUUUUCGCAAGUCCAAUUAAGAAACAUAUUUUACUUUUCGCCUCAGCAAAUGAUACAGAAAAGUUGUUCCCAACAUUGCAAGAUGCUGCAAAACUUUUCAAGGGAAAGCUCAACUUUGUUUUUGUCAAAACGAACGAUGAGGAAGUUGGAAAACCGGUAUCAGAUUAUUUUGGGGUCACUGGAGAUGCUCCACAGGUUAUUGGAUACAUAGAAGAAGAUAAUCGCAAGAAAUUUAGAUUUCACGGGGACAUUACACUCGAGAAGAUUAAGGCUUUUAAUGAGGACUUUCUCGAAGACAAGCUCAAGCCUUUCUAUAAAUCAGAUCCGAUUCCUGAGACAAAUGAUGCUGAUGUGAAAAUCGUGGUCGGAAACAAUUUUGAUGAAAUCAUUCUCAAUGAAUCAAAAGACGUGUUUCUUGAGAUCUAUGCACCUUGGUGUAGGCAGUGCCAAGCUCUGGAGCCAAUGAUCAAUAAACUAGCACACCACUUACACGGCGUUGAGUCUCUUGUUAUAGCCAAAAUGGAAGGAACAAGAAACGAGCACCCUCGUGCUAAGUUUAUAGGAUUCCCGAGUCUCCAAUUCUUUCCAGCAGGAAAUAAGAGCAUUGAUCCAAUCCUGGUUGAUACCGAACCUACUCUAGUGUCAUUGUAUAAGUUUAUCAAGAAAAAUGCAGCUAUCCCUUUCAAGAUUGAGAGGCCAGCUUCUUCUAAAGUAGGCGUCAAGAGGGAGAAUGGAAACGCAAGAGAUGAAUUAUGAGAAGAGAUUUAACUUCUAUACACCGACAGUAAUAGUAGUAGUUUUUCCUUCUACACUUGGAUUGCUUUUCUGUGGAAUUAUUUACAUAACUAUGUUUAGGAUAUAGUUGAUUGUAAGAAUAUUACUAGCUCCUUUUAUAGAUAAAAAUAACUUUUUUUUUCCAGUUUAGGUCUCAAAAGCUGCAUUCCAUUCGAGUUUAAGGAACUCCAAUAAUAUGAGAUAUGGUGCAGCGUGCUAAAACGCCAAGCUAAUUAGAUUGCAACCUCAGAUUAACCUGACUUUCUAGCUGUUCAAAAAAGAAUACUGAUGACAAUACAUUAAAAGUUUCUAGUA